UUUUCUUUUACUAUAUGAAUAAUAAUAAAAAAUUAAUAUUCUUUAUGAUAGAUGGUUUAGGUGAUAUUGGUAUUCCAGAAUAUGAUUCAAAAACACCUUUACAAGUAGCUAAUACACCAUGGCUUGAUCAUUUAGCAGAAAAGGGUAUAAAUGGUCUUUUAGAUCCAGUUGAACCAGGUUUAGCAUGUGGAUCGGAUACAGCUCAUAUGUCAAUAUUGGGUUAUGAUCCCAGAAUUUAUUAUGAAGGAAGAGGAGCCUUUGAAAGUAUGGGUGCAGGACUUGAAAUGAAACCUGGAGAUAUUGCCUUUAAGUGUAACUUUGCUUAUUUAGAUAAAGAAACUGGUAUAGUGAAAGCAAGAAAGGCAGACCAUCAUUUCGAUGGAACAUUAGGCUUGGCUUUAUGCAAUGCUAUUGAUAAUAUAAAAUUACCCUCUUUUCCUAACUAUGUCAUUGCAGUUAAGCAUACCAUUGAACAUCGUUGUAGUGUUAGAAUAAGAGGUCCCAACUUGAGUUCAAAAAUUACAGGCACAGACCCACUUAAAGACAACAUACCACUUAUUGAAUGUAAACCAUUUGAUGCUCAUCUUAAUGAUUCUUAUGCUAUCAUGACAAGUCGCUUAGUGAAUGAGCUAUCAUCUGAAUUCUACAAAAUUCUCAUUACCCAUCCUAUCAAUCAAGACAGAAUUAAACAUCAAAAGCGACCUAUUAACUGCGUGUUAUUGAGAGGAUGUGGUAACUUUCCACGUAUACCUCAAAAUAUAGAACAACUACAUGGCUUCAAGAGUUUUUUAAUUGCUCCUACAUGCAUUAUAGCUGGGAUAGGAUUGGCAUUGGGUAUGGAUUUAAUUCAUGUAAAGGGAGCUACAGGUGAUUAUAAUACAGAUUUUCAUGCAAAGGCAAGGGCUCUUUUAAAUCAUAUCAUUCAACCUCAAUAUCAGUUUGGCUUUUGUCAUCUUAAGGCUGUGGAUGAUGCUGGCCAUGAUAAAGAUAUAUUAAAAAAGAUACAUUACAUAGAGAAAAUAGAUGAAAUGAUUGGGAUCGUUAUAAAGGACCUAUACUGUCACAAUAAGGAAACUAAAUAUACUGUGAUUGUCACUGGUGAUCAUACAACAUUAGUACAGUUUGGUGAUCAUAGUUGUGAACCUGUACCUUUUGUUGCUACUAAUAUACCACAUAUUUACAAAGAUUCCGUUAAAACAUUCAAUGAAAUUUCUGCUGGACAAGGCGUCUUGGGUAGAUUUUGUGGUAGUCAGGUAAUGAAAUUAGCAAAAAAUGUAAUGAAAUAAUAAUACUACAGUCAGUACGGUUGAUUUUGUCCAUCUUUAUAUAAAAAAAAAGGCGUUUGUCAUUAUGCUAAAAAAAAAAGGGAGACAAAUGAAUAUAAACUUUGCGACAAUUUGGCUUUUUUUUUUAAACGACAAAAUGCUUUUCUCAAAACGACAAAUAGAUUUUAUUUUAUGACAAUUAUUUUUAAACUACUGACAAAAUCAGUCUUACUGACUGUAAUAAAUAAAAAGUAUCUCUCUCUCUCUCUCUUUUUUUUUUUUUUUUUUUUUUU